ACGAGAUACUCCUCAAAUUAACUCAUGGCUUCUCGAAAUGAUUCGGUCAUGUUUAGCAUUGUCGUGGCUAUCUCGGUCGUUCUUGGUGUCCUCAUUGCUCCGGGGCACCACCUGGUCGAUGGUGCAGCAGUGGGCAAUAACGUCAUCGACCGGUGUUGGAAGCUGAACUUGAAUUGGAGGCGUUAUCGGCACCAGCUCGCCAGUUGUUCUGUUGGGUUCUCAGGGAAGAUGCACGGGAACAUCGCUAAAAGCAUGGUGUGGUACACUGUUACGGACCCCCGGGAUGACCCUCUGAAUCCGAUCCCAGGGACCCUGAGGUACGGGGCUACGAUGAUCAAAGGAAAAGUGUGGAUCUCCUUUGCAAGGGACAUGACCAUCAAGUUGACAAAGCCUCUUCAUGUAGGUAACUUUACGGCCAUCGACGGGAGAGGUGCGACCGUUCAUAUUGCCGGCGGUGCUUGUAUUACGGUCUAUAAGGUAGAUGAAAUAUAUAUAUAUAUUUCUGAUUUAAUUUACAAGGAACCGAUAUUAUGGGGUGAUACGUUUUUUAUGAUAUCUCAUUUUACUAAUUAAUUGUCAGGCUCAUGACGUAAUUAUCCAUGGGCUCCACAUCCAUGACUGCCAGCCCCAGACGGCAGGCCAAAUUAUGGGCCCUGGAGGGAAGGUGG